ACAGUUGAUUGUAUAAAUUUUUAUUUCUAUUUAUUAACUGGAAAUGUGAAAAGUUUUGAAAAUUUUGAAAAGUUUUUUGGCUCUGACGAUGAAUUAUGUUAUUGAAGAAUAAAGAAAGAAUCGAAUAUCGAUUCAUCGGUCGAUCAUUGCUCAUCCUACGCGCAGAGGUUAGAAACAUCUGUCAAACGUAAAAGGAAUUGUCAAAAUUCACCUACCAAUGGUCUGAAUAUUGUGUAAAGUAAUUAACGACAGAUAAUGGGCUUGUUAACGGUGUUGAAAAAAUUGAAACAAAAAGAGAAGGAAAUGCGGAUCCUAAUGUUGGGUUUGGAUAAUGCAGGCAAAACGACAGUGUUAAAGAGGCUCAAUGGCGAACCGAUAGACACUAUAUCACCAACCCUUGGCUUCAAUAUUAAGACGUUAGAACAUCGUGGAUACAAGCUCAAUAUAUGGGACGUCGGUGGGCAGAAAUCAUUGCGUUCAUAUUGGAGGAAUUAUUUUGAGUCUACAGAUGGACUUAUUUGGGUAAUAGACAGUGCAGACAGAAGGAGACUGGAUGAUUGCAAAACAGAGCUGUACAAGCUGUUGCAAGAGGAGAGGUUGGAAGGUGCGAGUCUUCUGGUGUUCGCUAAUAAACAGGAUAUGCCUGGUGCAUUGUCCGCAUCCGAUAUAGCCGAAAUUUUGGAGUUACCUAAUAUAAAGACACAUCAUUGGCAAAUUUACAAGUGUUCCGCCGUGACAGGUGAGAACCUGGUGGAUGGUAUUAACUGGAUCGUGGAUGACAUUGCAGCGAGAAUAUUCUACAUAGAUUGAAUUAAAUUCACGAAUCUGUUACGAUUAGUACUUUUUGCCUCAUUAAAUGCGGCAUUUAAAGCACUUCUGCAAAAAUGACACUUAGUAUUACAAUUCGCACUGCAAAAGUAAUACACAACGCAGUAUAUAGAGAUGCUAAGAUCUCUUUUGCGAUCAUUUGCAUUGUACAUCUGUGGAAUCUUUCCAUCUGCUAGGCUAAAAUGAAGGUUCCUGUGUCAUCGCUAGAUACAAUCAAGUAUGCAAUUAACUCUUUUGUAAUUUUUUAAUUAUAUUUUAGACAUGUAUGUCUUCAUCGUUUUCUGAAGCUUGACAAUUUAUAUAUUAAAAGAACUUUUAAGGAAA